UACCAGAAUAUCACACCCAAGGAAGUGCACGACCACAGUAUAAAAGCCCCAGAGCGGGAGGUUCCUUCCCAUACCAUCCGACAUCAUGAAGGUCCUGCUCCCCACGCUGCUGCUGCUGCUGCUGUGCAGCGCCCAAGUGCUCACGCUCAGGUGCUACACCUGCAGAGACGAGAGUGACGGCAUCUGCAAGGAGGCGACGGACUGCCCGACGUCAUCCCACUUCUGCAAGACGUUUGAGAGCGACGCUCAAUUUUCUCGAACUUGUGAGGACUUCUGUGUCGAGGGACAACACACGACCUGCUGCAGCAGCGACCUUUGCCCUUGAGUCACCGCUUUGCGUUUGCUUUCCCUUCCUGCAUGAUGAAAAUAGGGAAAAGGUACUGACUUCAAUCUGAAGGAAGCUCCUUUGUUAGUUCAUACGAUUUUAAUGUGA